AUGUUUUGUGCUGAUGGCGGGUCACUUGAUCAUCCUCAGCGCUUCUCCUGCAUCUCGUCUAAAAUGCCUCCCAUAAGUGAUCGAGGUGCGUUGGAAGCUCACAUAUUGAAUCAGGAAAUUGUUAGACUUGAUACUAUGGCUAAACAGAAGAUUGACUAUAUCAAAGAGAGCGUUCGCAGUGAAAAAGCUCUGCACGAUGAAACACGCGAAGCAAAGGAGUUGUUAGCUUCACUGGCGAGCAAGAUCGACAUGCUCAAAGCAGUUACAUCAAGAUUGUCAUCAAGAAGGGAGCAGCAAAACGUUCGCGAAAGUGCUGAGCGGCAUGGCAAAGAGUUAACCGAGAAUCAGCAUCAACUUCGCAGUGCUACCAUUCAGGCAAGAAAGUCCAUCAACGAAUCGGCUCGUUCAUUGCUACUUGAAGGAGGCUCUGAGGAGGCGGAACGAAGAAAGCGGUUAAUGGACGAAAAAAGCUUGAAAGAGGAUGCUGUGAAGACUACUGAGCGUUUGUCAGAUUUGUUAUCAAAGAUGGGUGAACAAGUGGCGCAAAGUGAGCAGACGAUGGAUAGCUUAGUUCACUCUAGCUCAGUACUGGUGCAGACCCACAAGGAGUUUGAGGGUCAUGCAAGCCAUAUCCAGACUGGCAACAAGCUUUUGUCCAAGUACGAGAGAAGGGAGAUAACAGACAAGAUCUUAGUCACUAUAGCACUUGUAUUCUACUUCGCGGUUAUCUAUUACAUCCUCCAAAAAAGAGUCUUCUCUAAGAUUUGGUUCUGGUAA